AUGUGUGACUUAGAUGGUAUGAGAGGAUUUGAUUUAGGCAGAACAUAUAGAAACAUUAACUCGGCCAAAGUUUUUAUUCAGUCUAUUGCUGAUGUUGAAUUUCAGAAAAUAGCUAAUCAGAUCAAAGACACUAAAUUUUUAUCUGUAAUUGGAGAUGGGUCAACUGAUUCAGCUGUGAAGGAGCAGGAGAUGUGGUUCAUUAGAGGAUGCAGAGCAGGUAUUGUGACAGUAGAUUUCAUUGGUGUUCAUUCGGCAAAUAAAGCAACUGGAGAAAAUAUUGUUCAUGGUUUACAAGAGACAGUUGUCAGUAAUCUGAAGAUGGACUGGAGUCAGAUAUCAAAUAAGCUAGUUGGUUUGAGUUGUGACGGAGCCAGUGUGAUGACAGGAUGCAAAUCUGGUGUUAGAGCUAUCCUUGAAAAAGACUGUCCAUCAAUUGUUACUAUCCACUGUAUGGCUCAUCGACUAGAGUUAAGCUUGAAGGAUGUAACUAAAAAAGUAAAGACAUACGAGAGAGUGAACAUUUUAUUGGCAGGGUUGUAUUAUUUUUAUCACAACAGCGCUCUGAAUAGAGCAGUUCUGCAGAAAACAUAUGAAGCUACAAAGUCUCAGGAUGAAAAGCUGUUAAUUCCAACUAGAGUCGGAGGAACAAGAUGGAUUGGUCAUCAAGUCACAGCCAUCCUCCAUGUGAUUACGUCUUACAAAUUUAUUAUAACCCAUAUGGAACAGUUAUUGGAGACAAGAGAAAGGGUUUCAUCUGAUGCUAAAGCAAAGUCAAAAGGUUUCUUGAAACUCUUGAAGUCAAAAGUUAUUGUUGGAUUUUUGCUCUUUCUGCUGGAUGUCCUUGCACCUUUGCGUCAUCUAUCACUGAACCUCCAGGACAGGACUGCAUUAAUAUCAUGUCAGCAUGAUUCCCUGGAAAGUGCACUUGGAGCUGUUAGGAAGAGCAAAACAUGCAUAGAGUCUGCUCUACAGAAAAGAUUUUCAGAUUUUGCCCCAUCUUCAACAAUGCCUGUUGUUAAUGCAACACGCAUAGCUGAUUUAAAAGCAUGGCCACAGGAAUGGGAAGAUCUCAGAGACUUUGGGGAUAAGGAGUUGCAAAUUCUACUUGAGCACUUUGAUCCUGUUCUCACAGAGGCUGGGGUGAAUGUUCCUGAAGCUGAAAUUGAAUGGACAAUGAUUAAAAAGGAAAUACACAAGAGCGAUCUUCUUGGAAGCGACUGGGUCCUUAUACAGAGAAAAUAUGAGAACAAGUUUACCAAUAUCCUUUCAGUUAUUGAUCUCAUUUUCACUCUUUCACCAAGUUCUGCAGAAGCAGAAAGAGGGUUUUCCCAAUUGAAAUGCCUCAAAACAAAUUUAAGAUCUAGACUCAACCAAAACACACUUAAUCAUGCUCUCUCUAUUAAGCUCCACUCUAAAAACAUCUUGGACUAUGACCCAAAGCCAGCAAUACAUUCUUGGAACAGCAGUUCAAUGAGGCAAAGGCGCCCUCAAUUUGAAAGGAAGAAGAACACAGAGACUGAAAACUGUGAUGGUGUCACAGCUGUAAAUCAUGUUGAGGAGGAUAAUUCCAUGCACAUAGUAGAAGAAGAAGAAAACCAUGAAGCAGAUGAAGAAGAAAACAUUGAUGCAAGUGAAGAAGAGGAAUCUGAAGUCAGAGACGCAGAUAAAGAGAAUGAUUCAGAAGAUGAUCUAAGUGAUGACAUUUCUGAAAAUGAAGUUUUUGAAAAUUUGAGGGAAAUUGAAAUGGAAUAUGAAUAUAUAAAUUAA